GUGCAUGUAAGUGACUGCAAUGUCUGAAGUGAGGGAGAUAAAAAGAGAGAAAAAUAUUAUUAUGUAUCGUACAUGUAUCGGCAUCUAUGAAGACGGUUGAAUCCUUCUACUCAAAGAUGGGAAAAUAAUAUAAAUAAGGAGUGAAGUUUUAGUGAAGAGUACAGUAUUUUUCAUACAGUUGUCCAACGUGUUACUUCAAACAAUUCCAGGAAAAUUAUCAAUAUGAAAUAUCUUAUCGUGAUUCUCGUUUUGUACGUCAGCUUCACAUGGGCUGCACCACAAGCUAGCGACGCAACAACGCCAAUUCCAAUCAUUAGGCAAGAGCAAGAGCAGAAUGUAGAUGGCUCCUACAAAUACGCAUAUGAAACCGGAAAUGGAAUAAUUGCAGAAGAAGAAGGUUAUUUGAAGAAUGCUGGCACUGAAGACGAAGCGCAAGUCAAACAAGGAAAAUAUUCGUAUACAUCACCUGAAGGACAGCUGAUCGAAAUCACCUACAUCGCUGAUGAAAAUGGAUUCCGUGCGGAAGGCGAUUCUAUUCCAACUCCACCACCAAUUCCAGUUGAAAUUCAAAGAGCUUUAGAGUAUUUGGCUACUUUGCCUCAAACAACUCCAAAUCCAGAAAGAAGAUUUUAGACUGUAUCUAACUCCACCUUAUGUAAAUUUAUUAUUUUUUUUAAAUUUUCCACUGCUAUGAAAUGUCAAAGAACAAGGAAACUUGUUUGGUCAUUAAAUAUUUAAUUUUUCGAUCGUAAAUGAACUUUUGAAUCAUUGAAUAUUUUUUAUGUUUAAAAUCAAUAAAAUUUUAUGAAUGAUAAAAGAAGAAAACA